AUGUCGGCCCCAGAAUCCUCGACAUCUCAGUCUUUCGAGAAGAAGGACCCCCAUGAUAACGAAGAUGUUGAGACGGUAGUAGCAGCUACUCCAACCGAUCCGUCUGCCCAAGCACAGGAGGAAUCCUUGAAUCCAGAUAACAACCAACCCGGCGACAUGGGUCCGGAAGAGGCGAAUGAGCCACUUGGAUCAGUUUCUACCUCGAAGUCCGCUCCGAAACCCUUGACAACAGCCCCCCAACCCUCAUCCUUACUUGAUCAAGAGCCACCUGCGGGGCAGAUGGAAAGCUUGUCGAUCUCAGGACAGACUAUGUCAGACCAGUCACCCAGCUCCAAAGCUCCUCUUCCCCCUACUCCACCCGAAAAAGACGAUGUAUACCUCAACUCAACCGGCACCGGGCCCACGCGAACACUUCCGCCUAUCGAUACGAGCUCCGCCAGCCCCGAGAAAGAGCUCCCAGAUGUGCCCAGCCAGAAUGAAAAAGAGACAAACCAGACUGGUCAAGGCGAAGAAACUCGAGAGGAUAAUGAUUCUCAACCAGAGAUCCAAAACAUUAUGGGACAGUUCCAGGACCCUGCGCGAAGCACCGACCAAGAAGAAAUCAUGUCUCCUCGACUCGAGCUUGCUGAUCAGUUCCGCGGUCCUAAUUAUUUCCCGCCGCGCAAAUCGAGUCUUGACCCUGCUCCCCAGCCUGAGUCUGCAGCCUCUCCUAUAGGCACAUCCCCGGAGAGCCAGAUAUUACCUAAAGUAUCUCACAAGUCUGUUGCCCAUGACGAGUCGAUGUCAACCCGGCGUUCAUCUACCUCGACUGUUCCACCAAUGCCGGAGCCUGAAUCAGACCAACCCUUUGAUUUUCACCGGUUCCUUGAACAACUGCGUCACCGUACCGCCGACCCGGUGGCCAAGUUCUUGCGCUCAUUCCUUAUGGAGUUUGGAAAGAAGCAAUGGAUGGUCCAUGAACAAGUCAAAAUUAUCAGUGAUUUCUUGACCUUUAUUACGAAUAAAAUGGCGGUAUGCGAAAUUUGGCGCGAUGUCUCAGAUAGCGAGUUCGACAAUGCCAAAGAAGGCAUGGAAAAGCUUGUUAUGAACCGCUUAUACUCCCAGACUUUCGCGCCGGCCAUCCCAGCUCCUCCAACAAUACCUAGAAGCGCAAGUCGGAGUCGAAGGAGAGAGCUUGAGCGGCUUCAUGGGCCCUGGCGGCGAGGCCAGCACCAAGAGGACAUUGAACGAGACGACAUCUUGGCCCAGAAGAUUCGCAUCUAUAGUUGGGUCAGUGAAGCACAUCUCGAUAUUCCGCCUGUGAGUGGUGGUGGACGCCGUUUCUUGACAUUGGCGCAGCAAGAAAUUUCAAAAAUUAAUGGCUACCGAGCCCCUCGUGACAAGGUGAUCUGCAUUCUCAAUUGUUGCAAGGUCAUCUUUGGUCUUUUGAAGAAUACUAAAAAGGCCGAUACGUCUGCCGACUCCUUCAUCCCUCUUUUGAUCUAUGUUGUUUUACAUGCAAACCCGGAUCAUCUCGUCUCCAAUAUUCAAUACAUUUUAAGAUUCCGCAAUCAAGACAAACUUGGCGGGGAAGCAGGAUACUACCUGUCGUCUUUGUCUGGAGCCAUCCAAUUCAUUGAGACACUCGACCGAACCAGUUUAACCGUCAGCGAUGAAGAAUUCGAAACCAAGGUCGAGGCUGCCGUUUCUGCCAUGGCAGAACAGAAUCGUGAAUCCGAAACCCUCCAAAAACGGACCUCCACCUCACCCUCUCCCCAACCUCAAGCCAGCUCCAGCCGCAAAGAAGCCUCCCAGUCCAGCGACGAUGAAACCUCCGCCCCUGUCGCAGGAUUACUCCGCACCAUUCAAAAGCCUCUCUCCACCAUCGGUCGCAUCUUCUCCGACGAAGGCGACGCAGGUUCUUCAACUCAAGACCGCCCCCAACCCGUCCCCACCCCUCAGCCUGGAGUCGCUCCACCACGUCUCACCCCAAACAUCUACCAACCUCCGCGCGCAAGUAGUGAAGAAGGCCGUCGCUCUGGAGAUGAGCGCUCCGGCCCUAUCCGCCAUGGCAGCGGAGCAUCCGCCAAGAAGAACCUGACUCGUGUGCUCGAUGCCCAGGAUGCGGCAGCUCGCCAGGCUAGUGCUGAAGAUGCCGAGGCGCGCCGUAUCCAGCGCAAAGAACAUAAAAAUGUUGUCGAGACACUUUCUAACAUGUUCCCCAACCUGGACAAGGACGUCAUCGACGAUGUCGUCAAGAUCAAACAGGGCAGGGUUGGCCUCGCUGUGGAUGCCUGUCUCGCUCUCAGCGCCGAAUAG